AUGUCCGACAACGGUGUUCCUAAUCACAAUGGUGAGUCUAUUGAAGGGUUUGUUCAUUUCUGUGAAGGCUAUCUUCUAGCCCUCAGCGAAAGGGAGCGCGAAGACAACGGCGCAGUCCCCCGAGAUGUGGACCAGGACCUUGGCGUUGAAAUUCAGCACGACGUGAGCAUUCAAGAACCGUUCAACAUUAACCAGCAUGUUUCGGAAGCUGUCAUCUCACCGGAGAUGAAUGUAGACGUUGGCUUUUUCCCUGGCCACGAGUUGCCUUUGAUGGUUCAACCUAACGGCAAUGCCUUUCAGCAGCCUGCCUUUGGGCAGGAUGCCCCGCAAGCAAAUUCUACGGCAGGCGAUGAGUUCGGCCCAGUUGACAUGGGAUUUCAAGGUCUCGAUGAUUUUGUUCGAUUUGCUAAUCUUCCCGUUGGUAAUCCAAUCGUCGAGCAUGAUCCUGCUGUUGAUGAGCCUUGCCAUUUAGCCUUGGCAGACGAGGACAUAGGUUGUGACGAAGGCAUUCGAGCAGAGUGGGAGGCCGCGGUACAGAGACGCCAGCAGGACCAGCGAGUUCAUGAGCCGAGGGCGGCACAGUUUCAGCAGAUUCCGUGUGGUCGCAAAGGAUGCAAUAUUUGUUCGGCGUUUUCUCUUCCUUUUUAG